GCAACAUACCUUGUGGUAAUAACAACCCGCGAAAUGGAAAACGUGCGCGAAGCAAAACGCGCUAAACCGGGACCUAAGCCUAGUGCUGUGUUGGAUUAUUUCGAAGAAGUCGGUGACUAUAGCUCUAGCUCCAAGCGCUAUGCUCGCAAGUGCAAGUUCAUCAAUGUUGAGGCAUUGCUGCGGACCACUUUCCCCUGGUUCGACUGGACCAAGCAGCCGCUGGAGCUCAACCCUGGCCAGAAGGCGAUGUCGUUCGCCGUGGGGGAUUCUCGCCCUCUGUCCCAACCGCGCAACCUCUGCACGGAGAGGAGGACAACGAUGACGACCCUAAUGAGGCCGCCGCUGGAUCUCAAGGCGACGCAUAGCUGCAUACUUGAGGGCUUCCGGGUUUACCGAUCCCUGGCUAAGACGGUCUUCUUGCUGGAGAAGCAGCAGCGCCAGGACAGCAGCCCCUCUGGUCGUCGCCUGACAGAGUAUGCCUCUAUGUUCGGCGGUGAGCCAGCCACCGAGCAGCGCAUAGCCGAGAUGGUCGACGACCUUAACAGCCGCGCCAUCGUCGACUUGGCCGACCUGGCACACCUCGAGCCGCGCGUCGUGCUGCAGAGGAACGAACCACGCCACACACUCAAUACCCGGCUCAUCAUGCUGGAGGCACAGCGCAAGAAUCAGCGCCUUGUGGUGUGGAAUGUGGACCACGUCCCUGUCCAGAAGCGUGGUGCUGCUGCGGAACCGGCCCUGACACACGUGGAGAAAGCAGUUGCGAUGCGGAUCAAGGAUCACGAGUUUGGCCACACCACCGCCGACACGUGGUACUACCAUGGCGCCCGAUACAUCCUCCUUGAUACAACUGCUGCCGAUGCCGGAGCGAGCCACAACAACGAGGUGGAAGCCUGCGGCCUGCUUGAGGAUGGCCGCGAGCCAGCAGAUGACAGCCGUGGCCCCUAUCGCCGGCUCAAGUACCUUCCAGCGGCCGUCAUUGUGCGGCCUAUAAGCGGCCACAUCCCCGGCACCGUGCUGCAGGGCCUUGCAGACUACGCCAGCAGGGGUGGUGCCUUCAUCCUGUCACCCCGGGCAUCUUGCAUUGCCGAGGUCGACAUGCCUGCCGCCGGGUACGGCACCAUCACAAAGCAGAUCCGGCGCCUCAACGUACCGCUCGGCGACCGCCAGGCGGUCACCGAUUACUUCGUGCAAGGCCGCAGCUUCAAAGACGAGUGCUGGCUGGUGGAUCUCGCUGUCCCACCCAACGGCAUCAAGCGCGCCACCCUGUAUGUGCUGCUGACCCGCUUCAAGAUGCUGGACCACGUCCGUCUGCUCCGGCCGCUCUACACUACACCGCACGAGCGCAAGAGGAUAAUCAAGCAGUUCCUCAGCAUGACUAACCUCGAGCCGGACCUGGCCGCCAACCUGCGCCUGCUGAAGCAGGCAGCGCGCGACACGGAGCACCGAUAUACGGCCGAGUUCCAGCAUGCGCGACAGCUGGAAGCGUGCUGGACCCCCUCGGCCCAGAGCUAG